AGCCGCCCAAAAUUCCAUAUACGUUUCUAUAUAAAACACACAGCAGACGAUCUUCCCAUCUCAAAUUCCUCCUUAAUUACAGGCAUAGACGCAGGGAAAGAAAUCAGAAAUCCUUUUUCUUAUUUGCAGAGCUUGUUAUUAUCGUUAUAAUACGAUGUUGGAAGUGGUGUUGAACGAUCGGCUGGGGAAGAAGGUGAGGGUGAAAUGCAACGAGGACGACACCAUCGGCGAUCUGAAGAAGUUGGUGGCCGCCCAGACUGGAACCCGCCCCGACAAGAUUCGCAUCCAGAAAUGGUACAACGUUUACAAAGACCACAUCACCCUCAAGGACUAUGAAAUUCACGAUGGAAUGGGUCUCGAGCUUUAUUACAACUGAGUUUCGUCCCAAAUCUUGUGGUUUUGCAUUUCUUUUUGUUGCCCUAAAAUAGUCGGGUAUGUACUGCCUUCGGAUGCGGUGAAACCCUGAUUUCGUAUUUUGUUGUAUAAUUAUGCAAUUUGUAUUCAAAACCCUAAUUUCAUAUGUAUUUAUAUUUGUUUCGUUUCAUGUUAUGUAAUCCGCGCUUUUAAUAAACCCUACUUUUAUAUU